CUUCUCCUGCAAAAUUACUAUUAUGCCUAAUCCUAACUGUUUUUCACCCCAAACAAACCUCACUAACUAUUUUUCUCUUUCUUUCACAAUUCAGAAAAAUGCAAAACCGUUUUUGUAUAUAAACCAUGAGUUUGUUAUUGAUCCAUCAUUUUCAGUAGUCAUGGAAAACCCUUCACGCUUUUCAACUACCAUUGCUUCAGAAAUGGGUAACACAAAACGUGCUCGAGAAAUGGGUGCUACUACAAAACCUGAAGAAGUUCUUAAAGUUGAACGUGAACGAAGGAAGAAAAUGGCUCAAAUGUUCAAUCACCUUGCUUCCACUGUUCCUGCUCUUUUUCCUACGGCUACUAGGGAAGUGAUUAUAAAUGAAACAAUCGGGUACAUUAAGGAACUUGAGAAGAAGAAGAAAAUGUUAGAGGAGAUUAAGGAAUCGAAGGUUGAAGGGAGUUUCAAUUUGUUGGUUCCGUGUCGGAACAGAAAUUGCUCUGUUUCUGUUACGGUUUCUAACAAUGUGGCUUUCUUUGGGAUUGAAUCGGUGGCUAAACGUGGUUUGGUUACUGUGAUUUUGGAGGUGUUUUUUAAUAAUCACACUGAGAUUUUAGCUGCUAAUGUUUCUGUUAAUGAUGGGAAUUUGAGAUUGGCGAUUACUGCGUUGGUUCAGAAUGGUCAUGAUCAUGAGAAGAUUAAGAGGGAGAUUAUGAAUUUGUAGGUUGAAUUAAUGAAUCAUUAGUUUCACAUUUUGUUUAUUUAGUAAUCGGUUGUUAGGACCAUGAAUGGUGUGAUGGGAUUACACCAAGUGGCAUGGAUCAUAUAGUGGUGAAUGUUUUGAGCAAACAAAUUUAUUGGUGUUGAAAUGGUUUUUAUUGAUUUUAUUGUUAUUGGUGGAGA